UUGAUGAGAAAUUGUAGUGUUAUUUAGCAUUUUUAUUCGUUUUACUUUGUCAGUUGUGUGAAAGGGUGCGGGUUCUUUUUAUUUUGUUGUAUCAGACGUCGCGCAAAAAGCAAUUACACAUAGUCGUAGUGUUAAGUGUAACGACAAAGGUGCCGAGUGCAAAAACACGGCGACAACGACGAAAAUGCUGUGAAUUUUCGCCAACACUUGACUAAACACAGACAUCAGAACACAAACACACACAUAGCCAGAAAGCCAACGAGCAUCGUAAGGAUAGUCAAAGCUAUAAAAGGUGGCUGCGGGCCAGAGCGGCGUUGUCGUCGAGGGCAGAACUGCAGCAUCAAGUUGCAGUUUAACAGCAGCAACAUCUACAAGAAUCAUUACACACGGACUCACACAGAGAACAUGGCGCUUGUGACGGUGCAGCGAUCUCCAAGUGUUACAGGCUCACCACAAUGCUCAAAUUCGGAUGGCGAAGCUGAAGACGAUGAGGGUCAUAAUCAUGAAAGCCGUGAAUACUUUGCUGGCAAAGGCACCGAACUGGUAUUAGCGCUUAAGGACAUACCGAAUUUUGCGGAGCGUCGACUGAGCACUGACUCCACAUGCUCUACGAACAGCACACAGAGUAACAAUUCGGACAUACAACAGCAUCUGCAGACCAUGUUCGAUGUGUUAGGAAGUGAGGAUACGCUCAAAAUGGCUGUCAAGGUGGAGUCUCAGCACACGAAUCGCACACGCUACCUUGUGAUUGUAUCGCACAGUUGUCGUCAAGCAACGAGCGAGCGGCGCAGCAAAAUCACGCGUCACAAUUCAGCCAAAGGGGCAGCAACCACCUCAUCUGCAUUACUCAACACUGCAACAGGCAGUGGUGCCCCAACAGCAGCGGUUAGUGUUACCACACAACGUCAGCUCUCUGUGGAUAGCCACAAAACACAGCAGCAGAUUCAUGGAGCUGAGGAAUCUGCGUCUAAUCCACGACUCUCAGCGAGCAUAUCGCCCAAUAUGAAUGCCCAACGUCAAAGCCUAAAAUGUGAUGCGGAGAAAGAGAAUUCGGCGGCCGGUGAUAGUAAGAAUACCUUAGAUAUGGAGGAAUCCUGUCUGCUGGGAAUCGACUGCAAUGAAAUCACCACUAUUGGACUGGUACUGCCCAUAUUCGCGGACACUACCAUACAUCUGGACGGCGAUGGUGGCUUUAGUAUUGCCGUCUAUGAGAAAACUCACAUAUUCAAGCCCGUAUCGGUGCAAGCUAUGUGGUCCGCGAUACAAACUCUACACAAAGUAUCUCAGAAGGCUCGUGAAAACAAUUUUUAUCCGAGCGGUCCAUCGCACGAUUGGCUCUCGAGUUAUGCAAGUCGCAUUGAAUCGGAUCAGUCGUGUCUGAAUGAAUGGAACGCCAUGGAUGCUCUCGAGAGUCGUCGACCGCCCUCACCAGAUGCCAUAAGAAAUAAGCCAACCGCAAAGGAGGAAACUGAAAGUGUCAUUAAAACAAAGCUCAAAGAGAUCAUGAUGUCAGUGGAUUUGGAUGAAGUUACCUCAAAGUAUAUACGCGGUCGUCUUGAGGAGAUAUUGGAUAUGGACCUGGGAGAGUACAAGUCGUUUAUUGAUAAAGAAAUGUUAGUCAUUUUGGGACAAAUGGACGCGCCCACAGAAAUAUUUGAUCAUGUCUAUUUAGGUUCGGAAUGGAAUGCUAGUAACUUGGAGGAGCUACAGAAGAAUGGAGUGAGUCACAUACUGAACGUGACGCGCGAGAUUGACAAUUUCUUCCCUGGCACCUUUACGUAUUUCAAUGUGCGCGUCUACGAUGAUGAAAAGACGAACUUGCUUAAAUACUGGGAUGACACGUAUCGAUAUAUAUCGCGUGCCAGAGCAGAAGGUUCCAAGGUCCUAGUGCAUUGCAAAAUGGGCGUAAGUCGUUCAGCAUCGGUUGUUAUCGCGUAUGCCAUGAAAGCCUACAAAUGGGAGUUCCAUCGAGCUCUCCAGCACGUCAAGGAUCGCCGCAGUUGCAUAAAGCCAAAUAAGAAUUUCCUCAAUCAGCUGGAGACCUACAGUGGUAUGUUAGAUGCCAUGAAGAACAAGGAGAAACUGCAACGAAGCAAGAGUGAGACGAAUCUAAAAAGCACAAAGGAUGCGCGUCUUCUACCGGGCAGCGAACCCACUCCCCUCAUCCAAGCCCUCAACCAGGCCAAAUCAAAGUCCUCUUCGGGCGAGGCUGAUGUAAGCACAGGCGAUGAUCAGAUUCGCAGUACGCAUCGUCGAGCCAGCGCACAAAAACAGCGCCGCAUGGUGCGCCGAUCCAGCAGCACAUCGCCCAAGACACAGACUGCCGUGGUAACUAAACAGCAGAGUCAGUCCAUGGAAAACCUGACACCUGAGCGCAGCGUUGCCGAGGAGCCCAAGAACAUGCGCUUCCCAGGCAGCAAUGGGGAGAACUACAGUGUAACACAGAACCAGGUAUUGCACAUACAAAAGCACACGCCGAAGUCCGUACGCACGCGAGUGCAUGAUCUCGAGGCAUACCAGCCGCAGGAGCAGCGAGUACCACGUCAACGGGUUAGCAGCAGUGACGGGCAACCAACGGCCAGUGGAGGUAGCAGCACCGUAUGGACCUCCCAGUCCAAGCUAAUCACACAAACCUCAAACAUUGGAAGCUCCACGGCGAACGCCAUGCUGCAUAGACGUGACUCCACAUCGUCCUCCGAUGUCUUCUCGACACAUGUGGACAAUGUAUUUGCCAAGGAGGAGCGCGAAAAACGACAGCGACGCAAAACACAAUCGUGGACAGAAUCGUUCGGAAGCAAAGGGGGCAUUGUAUUGGAUAUACCGCUACAUAUUGCUGCCAUGCGCCAAAGUGGAGAGCGCCCACGUGAACUGCCAUCCCGAAACGCCUCUUGGGGAUCGGGCGACAAUCGAAGCAGCCAACCGCCGCGCUUUAGUUCCUCUAGCUAUUACGACAGCAAUCGCAACACGACGGCCAUUUUCGAAGGCGAAAUACAGGAUCUAAAGCGCAGUACCACCAGCCCCAACACAAUAACAAAAAAGACUGCCAGCAAUUACAAUGUCAGCGAGCCAUCAUCAGCCCAUUUGGGGACUGUGAAGCGCACCAAACAAAAGCUGGAAGAAAACACAGGCCUUAAAAAACGCUGUCAGGAGAACGCGUCCACGGAGUUGCUUGAACUGUCAAAAAAAGGCACCAGCACUUUAUGUCGCAGCGCAUCGUCGGCAAGCACCACAAGAACACGUCAUCCGUUGCGUUGUAACAGCGAGGAGCUUAUGCAUACAUCGGAUAUUGAGAACAAGAAUAUUGCUGCCAUUGAUUUGGAAGGUACUGUGGUGCUGCGCUCACAAGUUCCAGGUGGAAUGUCUGGUGAAGAUCAGCGUAUCUCUGGUAAUGUGCAGAUACUUAAACAGAACUUUGAAGCCAAAGCGGCGGUGGGGAUAGGUUUGGCCAGCACAACUGCCGCCCCAAAUUUAACCACAACAUCGACAACCGUCACUUCAGCCAUUAAUAUUACGACCAAGAAAACACACCAAUCACUGCCUUCAUCGCCGGUGGCGCAACAUGUCGAUCAUGUGACUAACUGUCCUGCAGCAACUAAUAAUAGAGGAGGCAUGGCCUGCUCGGCUGCCAUUGCUGUUGUUGAAGCGGCAAACGCAACAGGGGGGUCGCUAAAUGCUUCGCCUUGCUCCUCAUCGACAUCCAAUUCGUCAGACUCCAGCGUAAGCGAAACUUGUGAUCGUAAUGUCAAAGGUCUAGUGCAUAAAUAUCAAACCACUUCCAAUAGCAGCUGUCUAACUAAUGCUGUCAUUGUACCGCCAACAAGCACACAGCCUACGCUGCUGCCGCCACAUCUGCCUGCCACCAAUAAUGCCACAAGCUUUAAGCCUCGACCGCGCUCGUACUACGAUCGUACGCAGUCGAAUAAAACGCACGAUUAUAGUGAGAGUCGCCCACCGCCUGCGCCUGCUCGGCACAGUGCCCAACCUCUGAGCAACCUGCACCACCAAACCAACCACCAUCAGCAGCAGCAACAACAACAGCAACAGCACCAAGUCCAGCAUCGCCGCCUGGCUCAGCAUGGGAAAACUCAUCCACUCAGUAGGCUAAGUUCACCAAAGCAAAGCUUCAACACCGCUGCUUACAGUACCAUCUUGUUCCGCAUGAUACACAAGUUUCGUUACUCCUUCGAUGGCAGCUGGGCCGAGUGCAAUAAGUAAGUCACUGAGCCGUGACAUUGUGUACUUUUAAUGCUGCCUUUUUUAUUAAAUAUUGUUCACUGUAUUUAUUUAUAAAAUGUACGUAUGUAUAUACAUAUGUAUGUGUAUGUUAGUAAAGUGAAACCCAUAACGA